UAGGCCCUCGUGGCUCAGUAGAAUUUAGUGUAGGUAAUUCCUGGCUGGGAGAUGGUGACCUGUGAAUGAUGUGCCUUCCGGGCCUUCCCCCUUAAAUUGUAGGAGAACGGCACGCCCAGUCAGAUUGACUUUGCUGUGGAAAUGCUUGACCAACAUUAUGGAACAAAGAUGAGUUGAACACCAUUCUACAAUCCCACGAACUGUGCAUGGUUUUGUAAAGGCUCCGUGACCUCUCUUCACGAAACCCAUUGACGUCAUGAUUGAACUUUUGGCCAAUGUACACGAUCGCUAUACAACAGUACUAGUGGGUACGGUACAUGUACGGCUUAUCUUAUCCAUAGCUAGCUGGCGCUCAGCGGUGAAUCUCCGAUACAUGUACGGCGGAAAGGAAGCUUGAAAAUGGCCGACCAAGGAGGUGCAAAAACUAAGCGGACCAACGAAGAGAAACCUGAAACUGUGAGAGGACAAGUCUUCGAUGUCGGUCCACGCUAUGUUACCCUGAACUACAUCGGGGAAGGGGCUUAUGGAAUGGUUUGUAGUGCGGUGGAUACACGACACGGAGGCAAGGUGGCUAUCAAGAAGAUCAGUCCGUUUGAGCACCAGACAUACUGCCAACGAACCCUCAGAGAGAUUAAAAUCCUUACACGCUUCAAUCAUGAAAAUAUUAUUAAUAUCCAAGAUAUCAUCAAGGCAGACACAAUUGAAGCCAUGAGAGAUGUAUAUAUUGUUCAAAGUCUAAUGGAAACAGACCUGUACAAACUGCUCAAGACCCAGCCGCUGAGCAACGACCACAUCUGCUACUUCCUCUACCAGAUCCUUCGAGGGCUCAAGUACAUCCACUCGGCCAACGUGCUUCACAGGGACCUCAAACCAAGCAACCUGCUGCUCAAUACUACCUGUGAUCUCAAGAUCUGCGACUUUGGACUUGCACGGAUAGCUGACCCCGGCCACGACCACACAGGUUUCUUGACGGAAUACGUAGCGACGCGAUGGUACCGCGCCCCCGAGAUCAUGCUGAAUUCCAAGGGUUACACCAAGUCCAUUGACAUCUGGUCGGUCGGUUGCAUUCUGGCCGAGAUGUUGAGCAACAGACCCAUCUUUCCUGGAAAACAUUAUCUGGAUCAACUGAACCACAUCCUGGGAGUUCUAGGUUCACCAUCCCAAGACGACCUGAAAUGCAUCAUCAACGAGAAGGCCAGAGCCUACCUCCAGGGACUACCGUUCAAGUCCAAGAUUCCCCUCAAGUCACUCUUCCCGAAGGCUGAUAACAAAGCUCUUGAUUUCUUGGAGAGGAUGCUUUCCUUCAACCCUGACAAGAGGAUAACUGUGGAGGAAGCUCUAGCACACCCCUACCUGGAACAAUACUAUGAUCCAGAUGAUGAGCCUGUCAAAGAAGAGCCGUUCACAUUUGUCACGGAGCUGGAUGAUUUACCAAAGGAGAAACUGAAAGAGAUGAUCUUUGAAGAAGCCAGUAAAUUCAACCCAUCCCCAAGCCCCAAUACUAGCUGAAAUUAGACAUAUGGAACCUUCCCGACAACUGCCAUAAAUGUACAGAGGGGACACUAAAUGGACAGAUGGAUCUUACAAAGCAAAGAAGGAAAGGAAGGAAGGGAGAGAGAUAUUUGUUUAUCAUAUUUUUCUGGGUUGUUAUUUGUAACACAGCAGUGGCUAAUAUUUGACAAGAUGUAUUACAGUGCAGCUUCUAAAUUGUACAGGUUCUAUGGUAAGGGUUUUUUAGGGGAAUCCCCAAGAAGUAGGGGUCUAGAUAUGACAACAGUUAAUGGGAGGAGAUAUAUACGACAGGAGUCAAAUUUACAAGACUAUUUACAGGAAUGUCAGUGCAUGUAAAAUGUCAUGAAUAACUAUGAAACAUCAAACUACCCCCC